AAGCAAUAACUAAUAGGUAAGGAUAAUUUCCCCACUCCUCUUUUGGGAGCAAUUUCAUGAAAUAAAUAGCUGGGUUUUCUUGUACCUGACAUAUUCUCAACUGUUCUAAGGUGAUUUGAAGUCUUCUCCUGUUGACAUACAAUUUUUUUUUGAAAAUGCGUCUAUUGUUGGGGUUCGCUGUCUGUGUAGGCCUUGUAAGUCUUGUUCGUUCUGAUUUGAAUAUUUCAAUGAGCCAUACCCAUUCUUGGAAUGGAUUAAUAGAUUUCAUACUACAACCUUUAACUGGAUUACAUAAAAACAAUCCAUCUACGGAGAACCCAACUACACAGAAUCUACCGAAAAACAAUCCAUCUGAGGAGAAAUCACCCGAAGAACACCGAAUUGUGAAAAGUCACUUCGAUUCAUCAUCAAUACUUUUCCCAUCGUCGCAGAUGUCAUCAAAUGUUUUGGUUAAACUUUAUGAAGCAAUCAACUCUCAAAAGCCAGAUGAAGAUACCAUUAUCAAAAUAAUAUCAGCUCAUACUCAUCAGGAAAUAAUUGAACUCCAGGCAUCAUACCAAGAACUUUAUAAACUUGAUUUAUUGAAAAGUUUAAGAAGCAUCUUAACUGGAGAAUUGGAAAAAGCAGUGAUUUCUUGGAUGAUCCCACGAAACUAUUAUUAUGCCAGAGAAAUACACAGUGCCCUUUUUGGAAUAGGUGCUGAUGAAAGAGCUCUCAUUGAUAUUUUUGGUACUUCCAAUAAUUCCAUUAUUAAUCAGAUUCGCAUGGGUUAUUCUGAAAUCUUUUUCCGAAGCAUAGACAGAGAUAUGACGUUCACACUUGAAUUCUUUAGACGUCUACUAUAUUCAUCAGAAAAACUUCAAUCACAUAUAUUUAAGUUUGACAAUGUUGUAGCAAUUGUUGAAGAUGAAUUAUCUUUUCUUGAUUUCCUGGUAAACUAUCCUUCUGACGUUUUUCAAUUUGCCAUGGAAUAUUAUAAACAGUCUGGAAAAUAUUUGGAAAACACAAUAAUAGAAAAAUAUUCUGGUGACCUUAAGAGAACAUUUUUAAGUAUCGUCUAUUAUGCGAAAGGUGAAAAUAAUUUUUUUGCACGAAGACUUCAUGAAUGUCUCGAAGGAGACAUAGUAGAUUACAAUAGUUUGAUUCGAUUAGCUAUAAUGGACAAAAGAGUGAGCUACGAUGAAAUUUGUGAUAUUUAUAAAAGACAGUACAAAAGAGAACUUCAUGACGUCAUGUCUAGAAAGAUAAGGUCCGAAAGAUUCAGGAAAUUUAUUGAAGCUCUUUUCAAACGUAAACAAGAACCUCCAGUAAAUGGACCUCUGAUGAAUUAGUAAAGACGUUUACAAAAGACUAAAUUGUUACGCUUAUCAAGAUGAUUGAACAAUUUUAUUUACAAAUAUUAGUUAGUACUGAACUUAUUUUAUAUUGAGUUGAGAUCUGAUUUUAACAUAUUCGACUGUUUAUCUAUAAGAUACAAAAAAAUAUAUUGUCCUAAAUGAUUAUGUAAAAGAUAAAUAACAAAUUUAAUAAAUGAUUUUAUAUACUGUAA